AUCGGAAUAUUUUCCCAUCCCUAGCGCGACCCAACGAACAGAAAUUUGUGUUUUUGUGAAAAUUGGCUUUAGACCUGCUAAAGCUUCAGCGCCAGAUAUAAAUUCCGUUGAGAGGAAUGUCCGGAAAGCUGGAGCAGCGGUUGGUCGACCUGGGCACCGCCUGCCUGGUCUGCCUCAGGGACGAGCCCGUGGAGACCUGUUCCAUCUAUGGGCGCGACCCUGAGCCACCGCAUCUGCGAAUCGUGGACAAGAUUCGGAGCUGCACAAGCCUCCAGCUAGGAGAUAACUUGACAACCUGGCCGGACAAGAUCUGCCGGCAAUGCCACAUGGAACUGACGGUGACAUAUCGCUUCCGGGAGAAGUGCGCAGCUGUGGAGGUGCUGCGUCAGGAGCAGCAGCUUAAAAUGAACCUCGAACAGCACGAUGUGCGGCUGCCCCGGACGCUGAAAAUUGAGCGCGUCGAACUGGACCUGGAGCCGGGCUCUUCCAGUGGCGCCACCACCCUGACGGAAGUAAUACAGUCGGUGGAAGACGGGCCGCCAUACACCUUUCAGGACGAAAGCGGAGACAUCAGCCUACUGCCGGAUGCCUCUGGAACUCUAGUUUUGUCCCUUAACGCGUCCCUCGACUCCUCCGAUUUAGUCAAACAAGAAUCCAGGGAUAAAACGUGCUCCGAAGAAGAUGAAGACAAAUUGCUGGCUAUGCCGCCUUGGGAGGAGGAUCACACUCCGGAACACCUUUACGAGAUCGAGACGCAGCUGGAGAGCUUGGUGGGUAGUCCGACAUUGCCACAGCCGCCUGCCCAACCGACUUCGAGUCCACCGAGGAAGCGACCCUAUCGUCGCGGUACUCCCGCCAAGUAUAAUGAUUGCCAGCCCGAAUCCUCUGCAACCGUUCCGCCCGUUCCCUCCACAAAACGCCGGCAUACCGAGCGCUCUCCAAAGAUAUGUGAUGUGUGCGGGAACACGUACAAGUACCAGCACGCCUUGAAUGCCCAUAUGCGGCGUCAUAAUAACGAUCGUCCAUAUCCGUGCGAGGUGUGCCAGAAGGCGUUCAUUUCGAACGUGGAGCUGCGCCGGCACAUGCGUGUCCACACCGGCCAGAAGCCGUACAGCUGCCGCUUCUGUGACCGCAGCUUUUCCGACUUUGGCAGCAGCAAGAAGCACGAACGCAUCCACACCGGGGAGCGUCCGUACGUGUGCGAGGUGUGCCAGAAGGGAUUCGCCUACGCCCACGUCCUCUCCGUCCACCGGCGCACGCACACCGGCAAGAAGCAGUUCCAGUGCCCGCACUGCGUCAAGGGAUUCACCAAGAAGAGCUAUCUGGCCGCCCACAUGGCGCAGCACGGCGGCCUGACGCUGGAAGAAGCUGGGUCGGGCACCAAGACCAAUGCCCUGGGAAAUACCAACAAUGUGCGCAAGGAGACGUUUAUCCUGGACUCGGUCGUUUUGGGGGAUGAGAGCAAGGUCCUGGAGGAGUGUAUCGUCACCAAUGACUUUAUGUUCAAGGACCAGGACGACUCGCGCGAGGAGGAUGCAGAGAACUGCGAUGCAAGCGAUCCGAAUGGCCAAGCAGUGCUGGAACACCACCGGUCGUCGUAUCCUGGCGGGGAUUUCGUUGACGUGGACGGGUAUCAGGGUGUGGGUGAUCUACUGGAUGGCGGGGAGUUUGUCGACGAUGCCAAGUAUCUGAUCGAUUAGCACUACACUAACUAGCAUACUAGCAUGAGUAUUAGCCCAGAACCCACCCAAAUCCCUAGACCUAGUUAGUCGCAGCAGAUAGUAAGAUAGUUCUAAGUCUCUACUGUAUCUGUACAAAAAAAAUAAACUGAGAACGUAUCCAAUAAGUAA